GCGGCCUGGUCGUCGGACGUGAGUCCGACGCUAGCCUGAGCAGCCUGAACAGACCGAACAUCGACAUUGCUUCUACCUUCUCACUUUGGACCGCAUUUUGGUUUGCCCAGUGUAGGCUAUCACCAAGGCUGCGUUACAAGGACAUCCCACCCAUCACAGGUUGAAGCUGACCCCAGCACCCACCACACUCGCACCAUUUCUGUAACUCACACCUGCCACUAUGCACCCGUCUCUCCGCCUCUGUGCAUCAGCAGCACCUCGCCAACCUCUCAUUCACUUCGCCGGGAAGCGGCAGUGGAAAUCCAAGGCACCGCGCCCACACCCGCUGGCGACGCCAGACCUGAAGUCCGCCUUCACCGACUCGCUCAGGAAGACUCAGGCUUCCGUGUCCGAGUCUUCUGUGGUUGACAAAGGGAGCUCGAGCGCAGGUCCAGCGCAAUCGCAAGCGAAGGGCGAGAACGCGCAGGUAUUCGGGAACUUCUGGGAGGCACCGGAGCGGUAUUGGAAACAUGAUCUGGAGGAGUGGGAGGUUGACCUCGUCGCGACGGGCGGCGCGUCGCGGUUUGCCUAACAUCACUCGCGGAUAGUGCCAAGGACCUAGUACUUACAUGUGUAGAACCUAAUCCAUCCUGCUUCAGUCUUCCCAUGAGU